AUGCCGCAAAACGCCGAAUUAAUGAAAAUUAAACAAAGAAAGAGAGUAGGCAAGGCUGGUUUUACACGAGUAGAGAAUUUUAUAUGGUCUAUAGAGCCAAACACAAUUGAUAUUGAGGAAGUAAAAUUACGGUUAAACAAAUUAGAUGAUUUGUGGAAAUCGUUAGAAGAAAUUCUAACGGAAUUAGCUGUUCAUGACGAGAAUGUGACAGAUGAGCAAGUUGAUAAAGUGUUAGUAAAUUAUGAGAAGAAGUACUUCGAUUUGAAAUUAGCGGGAGAGAGAAUAAUUAAAAACCGUGUUAGGCCAACCUUGGCUCUCGACGAUUUGAACCAGGCUGCAUUACCGGAUGUUCCUAGAGUAAGAAAUAAUGACAGUAAUGUAAGAUUACCUAAAAUUAAUUUGCCCACCUUUUCGGGUGAUUACGAAGAGUGGUAUUCCUUUUUCAACACUUUUAAUGCGCUGAUACACUCAAAUACGUCAUUGAAUGAAAUUCAGAAAUUUCAUUAUUUGAAAUUUGCAGUGAAGGGUAAAGCGGCGGAAACAAUAGCUUCUUUGGAAAUUUCGGAGGUCCAUUAUAAUGACGCUUGGCUUAGAUUAAAGGACAGAUACGACAAUGAGCGCAUUGCGGUGCAAGAACACAUCAAGGCGAUAUUCGAGCUACCUGCAUUGAGAAAAGAAAACAGUGCGACCUUGCGAAGUAUUUUAGAUGGUAUAUUAAAGCAUACAAGAGCGUUAACUGCCUUAGGACGUCCUACAAGCCAAUGGGACGACUUGUUAGUCUAUAUAAUAAAUAGCAAGUUAGAUUUUGCAACCAUGAAAGAAUGGGAAACUAGUAUCGAAGUACGACAAAUGCCGACCUUUCGGGAGUUAAUUGAUUUUCUUAUCCGAAGAUGCCAAAUGUUAGAAGCAGUAGCAAGGAGAAGCCCAUCCACGCAGCCCAGUACUACUUCGCGUCAAAUCAGCAAAGGAAAGUCAACGAUGUCUCAUGCCGCGAUGACGAGUGUUAGAUGUAUGUAUUGUAACGGUGACCAUCAGAUAUACCAAUGCAAAUCUUUCAAGGAACUUUCCACCGCGGAACGUUUAAAGAAUGUAAAAACUAAGAAACUAUAUUUAAACUGCUUAAAGGGUAAGCAUAUUGCCAAGGAUCGUUUAGCUAGCGGAUGCAAAAAUGUUCGAAAAAACACAGUACUUUAUUACACGAGGAUCGCGAGUCAUUAA